AUGAAGAGGUUUUCUCGGCUUCAGAGAUUUCGAUUUAGCUUCCAUGUCAGAAGUAAACGUAGCAAAGGUUGGAAAAGGUCGCCCAAGUUUGGGAGUCUUCAGCUCGAUGCCGUAAGGCAAGGCCGCCAGCGUCAAUCUCGACCCAUGCUCCUUCAGCUACCUGCUGAGUUACAAGACCUGAUUAUUGACUUGCUUGAGGACGACAAAAAGAAUCUGCCUUCCCUCGCACUCGUAAAUAGACGCUGUCGGGAACUCGCUCUUCAGCGCCAGUUCAAGGAGAUUCGUUUCAGCCAUAGUCCUCGGUCACGCAAGCUUUUCAGGCACAUGGAUGACAGGGACGGGUCGAAUCUUCUAUUGCCUAUUAGCGUUUGGGUGCGCAAAGUUACCUUUGCACCUGACUGGGGGUGGGCCUCGUCGGGCCGUGAGUCUCGGAAGCGGUAUAAAAAUCUCUUCUUCAGCGUGAUUGCCUCCAAACUGCCCAAUCUUGAUGUGCUUGUUUGGGAGGAUCAGGCUGGAUUAGACAACGACUUUAUUGAGGCCAUCUCUCACUGUUCUGCUAAGCAUUUUAAGCUGGAACUAAUAGGAAUAAUAAAACCUUGGCUCGGGAGACCGUCUCCGGCCCUCACCCAGUGGGACAUUCGUUUUCUUGAUCUCGACAUAAAAUUCGAUUAUCUUCGGGAGCCCGAUCUAGAUCCAACUUUGGGCAACCCUGUAGCGAUAGCGAGGAUUGACUCCACCUCUGCUUUUCUUAAUACGCUCUUUCGACGCUGCUCCUCUACGCUUGAGUCUCUGAAUUGGUCACACAAGUUGGUCUUAGGAAGUGCCGUCAAGCUGUCUUUAGACAGUGAAAAUCUCGAAUUCCCUAAUCUACGGAGUCUUAAAUUGAGCCACGCAAAUUUUGAACCCAAACUAUUCUUGACAUUUCUGGGUCCUUCAUUGAGGCAUCUUGAAAUACCCGGAACGUCUCUCGAUCUGAUUACAAAGAGUCCCAAAACUUGCGAGCUUCUGCGAUAUCUGCAGACCUUGGUCGUUAAUGUAUAUGAAGAUGACAUUUCUGAUCCAUCACUGGCGGCACUUGGCACAAUUGACUCGCUCGAGCAGCUCAUCCUGCGUGUUGGCCGCAAUACCAUAUGGAAAUACAACUGGCUGAUUGAUCAUGGCAAGCUACGACGUCAAUUGAAAGGCUUGUUUCGACUCAAGAAGCUAACCUUGCUCCACGAUACGUAUUACCGUUCUAAGCUACAGCACAUCCUCCCGGCUCGAUUUUACGAUGAGAGGACUGUUAUCAAUUCGGAUUUCCAGGAUGCAAAAGCACGACCAUAUCUUGUUACCGAGGAAGACUAUUGGUGCGAACCCACUGAGAUAACUGAAGAGGGCCAUCAUGAACUUAUAUACACCAUGACUGUGCAAAACAACAUUUGGGGCUUUCGCCGUCUAUGCCCCAAUACAUCUACGAGGGUGUGCAUCUGGGAAAGAGCCCAUAGAAAUCGCAUGCUAGCGCAGGCUGAGGCGUACGCUGAAGUUUUCCCAAAGCUAGAAUGGAUCUAUUGUGGGCAGCUGCCUAUGGAGCUCCGUCCUCGUCUCGACUUGUUGGAAAAGGGCUCAAUCAAGAGUACUCAUCUCGUCAACAUUUAUCUGGAUCAAAUUCAGCGCCAUGACGACUAUCUUCACGGUAUGCUCACUAUGCCGUCAAGAGAGGCGCUUCAAAAGAUUGCGGUGGCUUUGGAUAAAGAGAGAGCGGCUGGUAAAGUCAGAAGCAGACUUCACGGUAUCCCAGUCAUUCUGAAGGACAAUAUCAAUACGCAUCCCGAGCUUGACAUGAAAAGCACUUCUGGAAGUUUGGCGCUCGAAGAUGCUCGACCACGUGAAAACGCUCGUUUGGUGGACAAGAUUAUUGCUGCUGGCAUGAUAAUCCUGGGCAAAGCGAACUUGAGCGAGCUAUCCAACUUUCGAGGAGAGCGUUUGCCCAGCGGUUGGUCGGCUCUGGGCGGCCAAUGUCAAUCGCCUAUUGGCACAGAGACGGAUGGAUCGCUGAUUUGCCCGGCCGGUCGUGCUUCUGUUUAUACAAUUAAGCCGACAAUUGGCCUGAUAUCUCAAAAGGGACUGAUCCCGGUUUCUCAUACCAUGGACUCUGCUGGACCAAUGGCCAAGACUCCCCAUGACAUCGCCGCUUUCCUAGAUAUUCUCAGGGAAGAGAAUACCCCUGGGUAUCCAGCUGGUGGAUAUACGAGUGUGCUUCCUGGAUAUAUGAGUGAAUUCUCUAUUGCUGCUGUGGACUACAAGGACUGGAUAUUUCCACCAGAGUAUACGGCACCCGAUGAGAGUGCGACAGCCGAAAUGAAUCGCAAAUUUCAAGAUGCAUACGACAUAUUGAAGCUCAAAACACGAAAAUUUUCCGAGAAUGUGCCUCUCAUCAAGCCAGAAGCGGCAUCUAUCCAUGGCAAAAGCUGCAAGCUGAUGAUAAUGCUGGCGGAUUUUCGCAAAGAUUUUCAAGCGUAUCUAGAUGAUCUCGAGUUUGCACCGAUCAAAAGCCUACAGGAGUUGAUUGACUUUAACAGGGAGCAUGCUGAUGCUGAGCUCCUACCAGGCCACUCGAACCAGAAGACUCUGGAGCAAGCCGCGGAUUUAAACUUGACAGAGAAGCAGUACCAAGAACACGUCGAAAAGAUUCGAAAAGUCUUUAGAGAUGAAGGCAUUGAUUAUAUUCUCGAUAAAUAUGACGCAGAUAUAAUAAUUGGACCGGCAGAUAGCGGACUCUCUUCCCAUGCCAGUGGAAGUGGCUAUCCUAUUGCUGGCAUGCCGCUUGGCUACCUGGGCAUCAAUGCAAGAGCAUUCGGCAUGGUUGCUCUCGCAAGGAAGCAUCACGAGGCGACUCUUAUUCAGUUCCUCUCCGCGUGGGAUGGCACUUUUCAUCCUCGGAAGCCUCCCCCGAUGUUGAUGGACAAGGCGAUGGAACCUAGCACCGUGUAG